AUGAAUGAGAGACUACGAAUGCGGCUUGCAACUCCUACUCGAGCUUCUGAACUUAUAUCAUACCCUUGCCUUGGCUUAGGUCCUUUUGAUAGACUUUCCGCAGCUCAGUACUGCAGAUCGUUGACGCUAAAAGCUCCUUGUGACAACUUUACUUACUGCUUUCAUCCCGAGAGUACUGGAAAGCGAACCUGUCAAGCAAGUGAAGUGAUCCGUCAGGGGGAAUCCGGGGAUAGCAUUUUCUCUGCCCUUACUGAGUGCCUUUAUCGAGCUUUAGCUAUGGGAAAUCCCAGUCUACGGGCUUAG